AACAGGUCACAUGCAGGUAUUUCAUGCAUGGGGUUUGUAAGGAAGGAGAUAACCGUCGAUACUCACAUGACCUCUCUGACAGUCCAUAUGGUGUAGUGUGCAAGUACUUUCAGCGAGGAUACUGUAUUUACGGAGACCGCUGCAGAUAUGAACACAGCAAGCCAUUGAAACCGGAGGAAGCAACUGCUACAGCUCUAAUAGCCAAGUCACCCCUUGCUGCUUCCUCAAGUCUCUCAUCAGUAGUUGGACAGAUUGUUGAAAUGCAUAUGGGCGAAGCUGAGUCAAGAAAUUCAAACUCUUCAACUGUAGGAGCGGGUUCAGAAGACUGGGUGAACGCCAUUGAGUUCGUUCCUGGGCAGCCCUACUGUGGCCAUACUGCCCCUUCCUCCACUGAAGCACCCCUGCAGGGCUCAGUGACCAAGGAGGAAUCAGAGAAGGAGCAAACUGCAGUGGAAACAAAGAAGCAGAUCUGCCCCUAUGCUGCAGUGGGAGAGUGCCGAUAUGGGGAGAACUGUGUGUAUCUCCACGGAGACUCGUGUGAUAUGUGUGGGCUGCAGGUCUUCCAUCCAGUGGAUGCUGCCCAAAGAUCACAACAUUUAAAUCCUUGCAUCGAAGCCCAUGUGAAGGACAUGGAGCUCUCGUUUGCUCUGCAGCGCAGCAAGGACAUGGUGUGUGGGAUCUGCAUGGAGGCGGUCUAUGAGAAAGCCAACCCCCGCUAG